AUGCGAGUGAUCUGCCGUGCUUGUCGAUAUCAAAAGUGUUUGAAUAUGGGAAUGGAGAGAGCCGCAGUGCAACCGCGUCGCGACUGUAACGCUGGCCGUCGCAAGAUUAUGUAUAACAAUAACAACAGUGUCAAAGCAUUCCCCGAAGCCCCGCCCCCUCCUACAGUAAUCCAGCCUACUGUAGCGAUGAAGGAUGAGCAGAAUUAUGAGGAUUCGUCGCCAGAAAUGCAUUACGCUCAAUCGUACUCCUCGUCGAUCAGUGAGGAGAUAGCGAUGUCGCCGAAAGUGUCGAUUUGCAGCAAUGAUAUGUCAUUACACUUCGAGGCGGAACAAGUACUGGAAGAUCUCCUUCGAGAAGAACGGCUAUUCAAUGAGAGACGGAAAUUGUUGUAUUGCUCGAAUAGUUGCAUUUCGAUAUUGUUGACCAACGAGAAUGCGAAUGAGAUUCCGUACUCUCUAUCCGACCUCCAACCGCUCACCUUCGCCGGAAUCCAGAAAUUGAUCCGUCCCCAGAUUCUGUUGAUUUAUGAGUGGCUUCGUGGUUGGAGACAUUUCGAGUUGUUGAAUACGCGGGACCGAAUGAUAUUUUUGAGACGAUGUGUACUGUAUCACACUAUUCUCGACCCCUCUUACUUGUCGUUUCGAUUGGGGCUGCCUGAGAAAUUCGUAAUGUUCAACGGAAUGUAUGUUGGUGCGCAGCCAGGUGACAAGACUGGAUGGGAGGACGAAAAAGAUUGUAUUAGUUCGGAUUUGAAAACUAAACUGUACCGCCCACUAAUGGAGAGACUGGUGAAUGAGGUGUGCGUCUCAAUGAAUGCGAUAAAUUUGAGUUUUGUGGAAUUUGUACUUUUGAAGGCGUUGGUUUCGUUUAAGUCGUCAACGUGUUGUGACGUCUCCCUGCCUCUCAAAAAAUUCAUGAAUCAAUAUAUGGAUUCAAUACUUCGAGCGCUUAACGUCCAUUAUCAAAGACUCGGUAUGACAAAAGAUGAAAUUGCUCAGCGGAUCGGAAAUGUCAUUUUGAUGAUGAGCAGCAUUUUUGCGGUCGGAAUGGAAUGUCUCGAGUCACAUCAGAAAAUUCAAUUUUUCGAUUUAUGGCAGCUGGAUGACUUAUUGAUUAAAUUGAUUCAACGUGGCGGUGGCGCUGCUAAUUAUUGA